GGGUCUAGCCCUAGAUUGUAUUUGCCUAAGAACUGCAUUUGAUCUUCCUAAAAAAAUGAAAGACAUAAUAACUAGAAAUGUUAAUAAAUCGUUUACUUUGGCAGAAUUGUAUAAGUUUCAAGAUAAGAUCGAAGAAAAAUUAGAAAAAAUUUGGUAUAAUGUUGGUCAAGAGAAUUAUGGAAGAGCAGCUAUUCAUAUAGGAGAAUGCCUUGCGUUAUCUUAUUCUACUUUACCAACAAUACCCUUUGAAUGCUUCUUAAGUAUUCGGUGUUUGUUGUUUUUCCUUAUUGAACUUGAAUUGUCUUCAGCGAAAUUUAUUAAAGAUUUAUUAGGUACAUAUAUCGAUCGGGCAAGACAUUGCGUUAAAUCUAGAUCAACACUAUCAAACGAGCAGAUAGAUUUGUUUCUAAUGAAAAUGUAUGAAGUUAAAUAUAGAAUUGGUUUCGACGAACAGUCCCUGGAUACUAAAACCCCUGAGCUAAAAUUAACUAGAUUCAAACGAUUAAGAGAACAAACUAUCGAUAUAAAACACAGAUUAGAACUGCUAUAUACAAUAGCAUUGAAAAUGACCUCAGAAGAUAUCGAUUCUAAAGUUUACAUAUUGGAAAAAAUUUUUUCCAAUUGUAUUUUCUAUUCUUUGCAAACGAUUGAUUGUUAUCUUCAAAGAGAAACUUUUGAAUUGUAUAAUUUCAUAUCUCAAUUAUUCGAUUAUACGUCAUUUAAAUGUGCAAGGGAAUUAGAAUCUCUUAGAAAGGACUUAAACGAAAAGAUAAAGUUAUUUUUGAAGAAGCUUUCCAUUAAUAGAAAUAAUAAUAAUGAUGAUAAAUUUCAGUUAAAUUCAUUACAAUCUAAGGAAAAACAUGGUUUUACUGAUGGAAGUCUUAUAAAAAGAGUUUCUUUUGCAAGAUAUCAUUCAAAAUAUGAAAAGAGACGUAGCAGUACUCAAAGUGAUUUGCCUAAUCAAAUAUUUCAUACAAAUGCGAAUGAUAUUAAUGAAAAUAGAGAACCAAGCAAUACAGAUGGGUGCACUUUUCAACUUAUACUCGAAUUACACCACAGUGAUAAUAAGAAUUGCGAAAAACCCCUUAGAAAAUUGAUUUUAAAUAUAAUGGAGGAAUGUUUAGAUAAGAGAAAAUUACCAUCUUAUCAAACUAAUGAAUUAUUUAAUAUAUUUUCUGAAUUUGCACACUUUAUAAGUCUAAGAAUAAGAAAUAAUUACACCUCAGAUGAGAGGCUCUCAUCAAAAGGAUCUGGUAACCAAUUAGUUGGAAAAUUAGAGUACAGAAAGAAAUCCGAGAAAUUGUUCAGACAUAGUAGGCUAGAAAAUCUCGUUUUAAGUUUAAGAAACUUAGAGGAUAUCUCGAAAUUUCUGGCGAUUAAAAUCUUAGGAAAUUCAAUCGAUACUUUAGGUCAACCUGAACUGACAGACUUAUCAUGGAUUUUAUUAGACAGACUUGUUAUAAUGAUUAAUCUUGACAUUGAAGAAGAAGCACCUAUUCCCACUUAUUUAUACGAAGAUAAUUACAGAUCUUCUGCAAUGAUAGAUAUUUUAAGUAGAAUGAUGGAUAGACCAUCUUUAAGAAGCAUUGAAAGUCCAAGACGUCUUUCAACUGCACCAGGAGUUAGCGAACAAGACUCAGCGGAAUUGUUUGCAAAAUAUGUCAUAUUUCUAUCAAUAAAAAAAAUAAUUGAAGAAAAUUUGGGCUUUGUUGAGCAAAGUUCGAAAUGGUUUUCAGCUGGAAUUUUGUCACCAGUUUCUUUUCAAAAGUACCGUAAAAAAAAUUUAGGUCUGAAAUAUGUUGAAAGAACAGAAGACACCUCUUGUGGUCUCAAUAAAACAUCUUAUCUCUUUACUGAGACAGAGCAAAAUAACGAAAAUCGAUUAACCCCUGAGGUUAAAAGUUCUUCACAAACCAACGAGGGAGGUUCUCAAGGUAACCAAUUAUUUUUCACACAAAUAUGA